AUGAACAAACGCUUCUCAAAAUGGCGAUACUUUGUUAACUGCAUUCUCUCAUUCUUUCUUGUUGGUCUCAUAUCUACUGUCUACUUCGACAUUUCGAGUUCCCCCUACGUUUAUGGCCGACUUCCCACUGUAGACUCCUCCUCGUCGUCGCGUGAAUCGAAUGAAUUCAACGCUGCUGGUGGAAGCAGUGGUAAAAAUGAGCAUCCCUGUAAUGGAUAUGCAGGAAUGUCAAACCGACCCGCUCUAGGACACAGACAGCCUCAGCGCUCCCUCUUCGCAUCCCUUGCGCAGGAGGGCGGCGAAUCGGGACACAUGGUUGACAUCUUUGUAUGGGUCUAUAUUGUCAGCUUAGUGAUUUCAAUGAGCCACAAGUACAUCAUCUACCGCAUGCAGGGAUUUCAUUACUUCUUUCUCGACUACUGUUACUUUCACAACGCGUUGUUGGUAUUUUUCCUUCUCCGACUCCUCGUGGAAGUAGAGUGGUCUAGUGAACCUAUCAUAUCGUUUUCCGGGCUCGCCCCGAGGUCGUGGAAGGGGGUUCAAUUCUUGUUACAAAAUUUCUCGAGUUUUCGUCCAUCAAACACACCCCGAGAGAUGAAGUGGUAUAACAUAGGGCUUCCGUUGGAUGGGAUACAUUAUCCCGUCUCGGUUAGCAUCCUGACGUGCAGCUAUGUAACUGCCAACCUCUCCCAUGAGAGUUUGGUGCCCCUGUUUGUGAUCUUUGUUACCUUACUUGCGGGAUCGUUAGGGCCCAUCCUCGGUGCCAUUCCUAUGUGGCACAACGCCCUAGCGUUUCACUCCUUUGAUCGCAUGUCCUCGUGUUACCUUCAUUUGAUGCCCGCCGUGAUUCAAGGGAUGUUCUUGCACUGCUUUUUUACCUCAGCACGGCGGAAAAUCGCGUCCGUGCACGCAGUACAUCACUUCAUGCCCCCAGCAUCGACACUAAACGGACGUAACGAUUCGCUGCCCGGAUUCCCUCCACCAGGCAUUGGGGCGUUCGCAAAACAGACCCUCAAUACGACAUGGAGAAACCCACACCUGGGUCUUGUCGCGUACAACUCCCAUAACCCCCUGCACGCGCUCUGUGACGACUCGUUUUGUUUAGGCCUCGCGCAGGCCGUUACCUACGAGCACAUGCUUUGGUUGCAUUUCCUAAUGUUUUGUGUGUGGCAGGUCUUUUACCACAUCUUCUAUGAAGUUCGCCGCUAUCAACGCAAAUGCAAGAUCCAACGAAAACGUCACCAAAAAAGCCGCAAGCAUAUGAGGAGCGUCCUGCGCUUGAUUCGACCUUCCGAGGCGUCCGAGAUGGAGGGUCAGUCGCCCUCUACUGCAAACACCCCAGAAAGUAUCCACCCCAACAUGUUCAAUCGCGUAACGGCCCUUACGUGGAUGAUGGAACACCCGCCUGGCGGGCGUGACGGGUUGCCAUACCGCUUUGUUACGUGUUUGGGUCCAGGGCGGUUGCCGACGACCAUUCUGUUUGAGCUUUGUCAGUGGGUGCUGCAUGUUUUUUUCUUUAGCGUUAACUAUUUAUUUAUGUAUUUGAGCUUCUACGUGACGUUUUCGGUGUGGCCGCUCUUGGUUUUAAUAUGUUUGUAUGCAGCGGUGUGUGUCUACAAUGCCGCGCGUCUGAACGCGAAACUGUGA